AUUUUUAGCUUGCUUCUGCUCUUUCCUUUUCUGUUUACUGUUUCGUAUGGAAUGAAUAAUAUGAUUGUGGAGCCAAUUUUAAUGUAGUCUGUGAGCACAUUUGGUGUAUAUUGUUAUAUUUUGUUUGUUAAUUUUGUUUUUUCCUUGGUUUUUCCUUGGUCAGCUUCGAGAUGACCUCCAAAUGGGAAAGCUACAAUUGAUACAAGUGGAUAACCCGUUAAAAGCAAACCUUAUUACCUUUCUAGUCCAGUGGUAUUUAUUUUUAUCGUCCAUUUCAACCACACUUCAGCAUCUUUUGGUUCCUUAUCUUUACUCGUGUUUAUCUUGAUUGUUUCCUACUGUUUCCAUCAAUAUCUGUAACCACACUAUUGAUCGUGCUGCACCAAAUAUCACCAACACUGAACCCGCCAAUCAUCACUAUCCAUGAGCCCAUCAACACCAGUUACAACGGUACCGGUGUCUAUUGGUGAAUCAAGUUACAAUGAACAUAUUGAUACAGGGAAUGGGAUUGAUGUUGAUCUCAAAGAAGAGAUGAUGCUAAUGAUUACCAAUGGUGUUCCUUCGUCAUCAUCAUCAUCAACCAACCAUCAACAUGGAAUAUACAAACCUCGAAGUCAUGCUCGAUCUAAAAGCCCGGUUCUCAAAAGAGUUUCCUUUGGAAGUAGCAAAGGAUCAAUGGUUGAGACGCUAAUUUACGACCACAGCGAAGAGGACUUACUUCGAGAUAAAUUCAAUUCCAAAGACAAUCCAAGUGAAAGGUACCUUAAUGGAAACCAUUUAAACCAUUACAAUCAACCAAUCCAUUUUCAUUAUCCAAUCAAUCGUCGAUUGGGAAGUCGAGUUGCUUCCGAUUCAACGAUAAGUGGUUCAUUGUUAAUUGAUCGACCUUCCCGUGUUCGGGUUUCCCUCUAUGAAUCAGGUCGACCUGGGUCUAUUGUUAGCCCUGAGACUCCUGAACCAUUACUAUUAUCAUUGAAUUCUUGUUCAACAAUUUCCCGGAUUAUCAGUCCUCAAUCAAAUUAUCCCUCAUCCCAUCAAAACAAUCAUCACAACUCUCAACAUCACUCAUUUUCUCACUCACAAAACUCAUCAACAAACCAUCAUCAAAAUCAUCUUCUUGAUAAUAAUCACCAUCAUCAUCCUAAUCAGGAUCCAUUAACAUUGGAUUUAGUCAAAAUAAUGGAAAGAAAAGAAAGUGUUGAUAUUGAAAAUCCUUUCAGGCCUGGAGGUGAACUAUCUCGUGAAGCGGAAACUAUUGUCAAUCUGAUUAAAGAAGGCAAACCAAUUACACCGACUACACCAACCAAAGAAUUACCUAGUGAAAAGAUUCCCAAUGGAACCUCAUCACCAUCCUCAUUGUCAUCUAAUCAAAAUCAGGCACAACCACCAAAAGGCAAUUUAAUUGGUACAGGGUUAACAUCUGGGAAAGGAGAUAGUCACGAGUCCCAAGUAACAAAGAAGAAUACUCUAAAUAACCAAACAACAGUCGAUUCCAAUGGUCAUUCUGAAAGAAAUGGACUUGGGAGCGAACUUAAAGGUUCAUCUAAAAUUGGUAAUGGCAAUAGUCUGGCCAUAAUUAAAGUUGAAAGGACAAUUGUAUCACCAGAUGAACCACCAAAAGCAGACAUUGUUACAAUUGACAAAAAGCGCAAAUGUGUAUGUUGUAUAAUUCAAUAGAUGGAGCCACAAUGAAACGGACAAGACAAAAGAGCGAACAAUUUGAAAUUUGAAAUUUAAUUGUUCAGUUGCCAUUAAAUUGUUUGAAUCAACAUUUUUCCCCUUCAAUUUCAAACAUUUGUAAUCCAUUAUAAAAUCAUCAUAAUCAUCUCAAUUACGUGAUGAAACUAUUAUUAUAAUUAUUAUUAUUUUUCAUAUUUUUAUUUAACCGAUUGAUUGAGAAUUGAUUACCAACAUCAAUGAAGAUUAAGGUGAUUAUGAUGAUGAUUGUGAUAAUGGUGACUCUACAAAAUUGAUUGGUUUCGCAUUUCAAUCACCAAUCAGAUUCUUCAAUGUUUAUUCCAAUUCUACUGAAAGGAUAUCUCAGGAUUCUUUCAUUUUCACGGGAGAAUUUGAAUUAAGCAUUUGAUUAUCGAGUCUCACGAAAAGGUUUCCAUGAUUAACUAAUUGUAAAUUAUUUAAAAACCAUUUUAAAGCAGCAUAUUGUCAAAAUAAAUCUAAUUAUUCCUGUGACUAUUUAACAUCAUUGGCAAUUGAGUUCACAUUUGUAACCAACACCUUUGCAGCUAAAAUUGUAUAAAUUUUUCAGUCGUUUUUUCAUGAUUAAGUCACUAUUUACUAUGAUAAUGUUUAAAUGUCUCACAAUCAACUGAAACGAUAAUGACUAUAUCUUGAUAAUCAAAUUGACUAUAAGCUGAACAUUUUACUUGAUAUUGUUGGUUACAAAUUGCAACUCAAUUUUCAAUGGUGUUUUACAUACAAUGAUAAUGAAUAUAAAUAAAUUAAAGCAUAAAUGAUCAUUGAAAUUAAA